AUGUCUGUCAGGUCUUUGGCCUCCCUAUCUCACCACUGCCCUCACCUCCAAGAACUUCGACUUAUGAAUGAUUUUGAAUUACUUGAUGAGCCGAAUCCCUCUGGUGGCUUAGUGCAUUUCCCUCGUCUGGAAAUCCUUCAAAUCGGUUCACCAACCCUUCAAAACAAUUGGGAUCUUCCAAGUGAUCCUAUAACUACUGCUAACACAAUUUUUGACCUCAUUGAUCUCUGGUUUCCUGUCAUGAAAAGCUUCAUUUGCGGGGAUUGGCAUUCGCGCCGCGAUAGUGGGAUCACAGUCCUGGGCAUCAUUGACCAGCAUUUAGUCGCCACUCGACCUCCUCGGAUUCAUUCUCCAGACUACCCCGGGUCCUCAAUGAAAACGAAGUUGAUUCGGGACACUGUUGGAGAUUGA